CAUUCCUGUAACAGGGUUUUCUCCAAGGCGGAGCAUCUGACACGCCAUCUUCGCAGUCACACGAAAGAAAGGCCCUACAGAUGUUCCAUCUGCGGCAAGCUCUAUUCGCGAAGUGAUGUGUUGCGACGCCACAAAAAAAAUCAGCAUAAUGCUUCUUCACAAUCACCAGACCAAUCGGAAAAGGACACCACCAUGGUGACACCUUUGUCCCAGGAAGAACUCAAUCCCCCUUGGACCCCAAACCGCUCCGCUCCUAUGCCUGGGCUAUCCGACCAGUCACCUGAGGUGGAGAACCCUCAGUCGAUAGAUACCCAACACCCGCUUGAGAUGAUUCCCCACGACCCCAUCCUCAAUCCUGAUCCAAAUUCUUGGUUUCUGUGGACUGGGCUGGACGUCGAUGCUUUGGAUUUUACCUUAUCGUCAGCCGUAUCAGAAUGGGCGCAAAUGCCGCCACGGCCGCCAUCUAAUUCUGGUGAUGUCUCCAUAUUCUGUCCACCCACACCGACACCUUCAGGCGCGAUACCGACAGAGGCUCAGGGACCACCAACUAACCUCGUCCAGCAGAGAUGGUUCUCGCGGCUGUCAGUUGGGCAAGGGGCACGGAACUCGCAAAGGGCUUCCAGCAAUCGUGGAGGCUCCUUUGGUGAGGGAAACGUUGCGGCUGAUGAGGAUUACCGGGCGGGCCUGUCGCAGACGCUGCAGCCUCACAUACACGACGAGGCUCUCCCGUCAUCUGACCAACUAAAUCUCUACGCGAACCUCUUCUUCAGCCGCUUUAACUCCCUCUUUCCUAUCGUACAUGCGCCUUCGUUUCAGCCCACGAAGGAGAAUUCUUUGCUCUUCGUCUCAAUUUGCUCUGUGGGCAGCCUCUUCGUAGGGUCGGCCUCUGCCGUUGCGCGAGGGAUCCGUCUUUUUGAGAGAUUGAAUAAAGCGAUUCUUGCGUCCUGGGAGACUGUCUUGUCGCACAGCUGUGAUGAUGCCUUAUCAAUGGUACAAGCCGCUGUACUUGGUCAGACGUUCGCAAUUUUAUUGGGCCACCCCAAGACUCUCAUCCUGGCAGAUGUGCUGCAUGGUACCGUAAUAGCAUGGGCGCGUGAAUGUAACAAAAACGCAAACCCGGGCCCGCCGGACGCUGAAGACUUGGACCCCACGAUGGUUGAUUUAGAUAAGCAGUGGAGUCGGUGGGUUGAUUACGAACAGCGAAGGCGGGUGGAGAUUGCAUUGAACAUCCAUGAUGCAGAGUUGGCUAGUCUACUGCACCACGAGCCUCUCCGUAAACAUCGUCUCAAUCAGUAUCCACGUGUAGCCUCUGACACACUGUUCAUGGCACCCACCGCGUCGCGAUGGGCCGAACUCUACAGAGACACGCCAACCAAGUACUUCUCGCUCUCUAAUUCAAUCGAUCCGCUUCAAGCGACGGUGUCAUUCUCCAGGUUCUCAGCGUAUGGAGUCCUGGAAAGCAUAAAUGCACAUACUAUCGAAGCUCGACGGUCGAAUACAUUGGACGAACAUGAAUCUAAACAGUUGUCAAAUCUCCUCAUGCGAUGGUGGAGAAUAUAUACCGACCACUUCCCCCUAGAUGGGGAGGACGAUCCUUUUAGCCUACCGGUCCUGUGGCACUCCGUUUUCAUUAGUAUCUAUGCUGAUAUAGACCUUCUGGAGCAAGCCAUCGGUCGAGACGGCGACAGUGCCACUAACUCCAGCUGUUCUCUCAUCAGGUCGUGGGCUACCUCCCUCGAUGCAAGUAGGUGCUUGGUGCAUACCUUAUUAAUCCAGCGGUACCUUGAACGGAUGCGUGUCUCAUCGGAGCCGGCGAUUCAUGUGCCUCGAGCUCUUUUCAGCGCAGCUCUGGUAUGGCUAUGUUUUACUCACGUUGGCGGGCGCCGUGCCAUUGAUGCCGACGCAUUCAACACUCCCGAGAUCCGGCUCGUAGAGAGUUUUACGGCUCCCCGUGAACCUCAGGGACAAGGCUCCGGCGACCCUACAAUAGUGAGCGUCAGUCACCUACACCGCUUGAUUGACCUCCUAAAUCGUAUUGGCCGAUGGGGCAUCUCACAAUCGUUUUCUUCCGUUCUGUGUGCUGCGGUAGAAAAUAAACCGAGUGUGUGAGUUGCUAUAAAGUGUGUCCAACAGGGUUGCGAAGGAAUCGCCUAUCAUACUAGAUAGGAGCCCCCAUCUGCAAGCCUGAUGCGUGGGGUCGAAUUGUGGGCUCUAGAGGUUCGCUUCCUUCCUGCAUGUAGGCACCCCGCAAUUUCGGGCGCCACAUGGCGGGGUAUGACAUCCGGCGGGGUGUCUUAUACCUACUGAAAUGGACCGGCAGUUCAGAAGUGUAUUUGAGACCAGUGUCAAUAUAACUAGAAUGACAUGCAGCGAUGAGAUGAAAAGGAUAUUAAGCCGCGUUCCUGUCGCCCUACGUAUCACCCAGGAUCAACACAGAUCCACUUUGUCACCUUCACCACGCCGUCAUGCCUCUCUUCACUGAACAGGCCUUCAGUUGGCGCGACCUCAGGGUCCACCCAUCGUUCGCACCUCCACUCCCUCGCCUGACCCCGGAAUUCGUACCCCCAGAAGAUGGGAUA